UGUUAGCCGGGGUGUGCUAGCUGUAUCGGCGGCUGAGCAACAGUUCAUGGGCAGAAGUUAAAGGAUUCUCGUUAAACUCUAAACUACCUGACAUCUGAAUUCACCUUGUUACAUUUUGAUGCAACAGUAAUGGUUUAAAGGACGUUAAUGAAUAUUCUGUUUUCUUGCAUAUUUAGUUCUUUUUUCGUGAGAUUUUGUCCCGGCUUGCAGGUUUUACUCCGUCGUAGACUUGAUGACAACAUUAAAGAGCGAAUUAACUGCUUACAUGAGCAGAUCAGUUCUUUUUAGGAAGCAGGACUUGAAUACUUCGACAUUAAUAAUGAGUUUUCAUUCUGCGGACAUGGAACUUCUGCCUUUAGAAGGCCCUUGUUAUUUCUGGUUUACUUGCUCCCUCUUGAGCACAUUUUGAGCACUUUUAAAGAUAUCUCAUCACUGUUCGCGGAUGAUAUUCAGUUCUACAUUUCUUUAAGGCCUCAUGAGGCAGCAGAACAGCAACAUUUCUUACACAGCUGCUUAGACUGUGCAAGAUGUUUCUCGAACUAAACUAAGGUAAAACUGAACUUAUUUGUGCUCCAGAAAAGGACACAACUCUAAUGGAAACUCUUUGAAUGUUCACCUCUUCUGCCAAGUUUUCCAUCAGGAACCUUUAGGUGUAUUUAGACUUAUGAAAUAUUGCUAGGUUAAGUAGUAUCAUCUCUAGAACAGAACUGGAAAUUGUUUGUCAUGUAUUUGUUUCUUCAUAAUGUCAAUUUCUGCGAACAAAGCAUCCCUGGGCCGUCUGCAGGUUGUACAGUGUGCCGCUGGAAGAUUUAAGAGAAAAUCACUUUUUUUCAUGUCACAUUGUUUCUUGUCCUGCUCCACAGGCCCCCAUCCAUUCAACUGUAUGAUCUUGGCUGUUAGCUAUAGUACUUUGAAUAGCACACGGACUGUCACCUGAGGAAAGGAAACCAUAACCCAAGUUUCACUAAUGCUAAUGAUUAGUCCUAAAAUGGCCUCAGGAGCACAAGACAAACAGUACACACCAUCCCUUCUCAGCUUUUUCAUUUAUAACCCUACGUUUGGACCGCGGGAAGGAGAGGAAGAGAAAAAGAUUUUGUUUUAUCACCCCAGUGAGAUUGAGAAGAAUGAGAAAAUCAGAAAUGUGGGCCUUUGUGAAGCCAUUGUUCAAUUCACCAGGACUUUCUGUCCAACAAAACCAGCAAAAUCCCUUCACACACAGAAGAAUCGGCAGUUUUUCUUUGAGCCAGAGGAAAAUUUCUGGAUCGUCAUGGUAGUUCGAAACCCAAUGAUUGAGAAACCGAACAAAGAUGGCAAACCUUCCACAAUAGAGUAUCAAGAAGAAGAACUACUUGAUACGGUUUACGGUGCGGUGGUCCGGCAGUGCUACAGUAUGUACAAGCUGUUUAACGGGACUUUCGGUCGGGCGAUGGAAUCCGGCGGAGUGGAGCUGCUCAUCCAGAAGCUUGAGAAGUUCUUCUACAGGUAUCUGCAGACGCUUCAUCUGCAGUCCUGUGACCUGCUGGACGUUUUUGGAGGCAUCAGCUUCUUCCCCCUGGACAAGAUGACCUACCUGAAGAUCCAGUCCUUUGUCAACAGAGUGGAGGAGAGCCUGAGCCUCAUCAAAUACACAGCCUUCCUCUACAAUGACCAGCUUAUCUGGAGUGGUCUGGAGCAGGACGACAUGAGGAUCCUCUACAAGUAUCUGACCACGUCGUUGUUUCCCAGGCACUCAGAGCCCGAGUUGGCUGGCAGAGACUCUCCUCUGAGGCCUGAAGUCACAGGAAAUCUGUUGCAUUAUGGGAGGUUCUUGACAGGACCUGCUAACCUCAAAGAUCCAGAGGCCAAAUUCCGAUUCCCCAAAAUAUUUGUGAGUGCAGAAGAUGGCUAUGAGGAGCUGCAUCUAAUCGUUUAUAAGGCGAUGAGCGCAGCUGCUUGUUUUAUGAUCAGUGCCAACGUGGAGCUGACCAGGGAAUUCUGUGAGCAGCUGGACGGCUUGGUGGGCCCCCAGCUGACUCUGCUGGCAUCAGAUAUAUGUGAACAGUUCACAAUAAACCGCAGGAUAUCUGGGCCAGAGAAGGAACCCCAGUUCAAGUUUAUCUACUUUAACCACAUGAACCUGGCGGAGAAGAGCACCAUUCACAUGAGGAAAACCGCCAGUGUGUGUCUGACCUCUGUCCACCCUGACCUCAUGAAGAUCCUGGGAGACAUCAACUGUGACUUUGCAAGGGUUGACGAAGAUGAGGAAAUCAUAGUAAAAGCUAUGACGGACUACUGGGUCGUCGGCAAGAAGUCAGACCAGAGAGAGCUCUAUGUGAUCCUAAAUCAAAAGAACGCCAAUCUGAUUGAAGUAAACGAGGAAGUGAAGAGGCUUUGUGCGACGCAAUUCAACAACAUUUUCUUCUUGGACUGAGCAAACAAGAUGGCGACUGAUCACACUAAAAACUGUCAGGGUUUCAGCGGCAGCAUCAAUGUAAUGCAAUAAUUGCAUUGUAAAAUAAACAAUAUUGUUGAAAAGCUUUCUCACCAAGUUUUUUUUAUUUAAUAGACUAAAAUUGUAAUUUUAUCUUGUAAUUACCUGUAAAAAAAUAAUAUAGAUUUUACUUUACAUGUACUGCAUCUCAUUUUCUCUGUACAUAUUUGUUUGAUUUUAUCAUCUGUUUUAAGUUCCCCCUUAUAUAUUUGUGGAUAUUUUUAUUGAGAUCAUGAUGAAAUUGUCUCAUUUUAAUUUAAAAACUGACAUGUACUGAUGUGUUCAUUCCAGUUUUAUUUGGUGAUCAGUUAUGGUUUUAAGAUGUCAUCAUGUCAGAACUAUUGUUAGGGUUUGUAUACAACUGCACUAACUUGAAAUAAUAAAUGAAGUCAUUUUCCUAAAUGUA